UUCAUUUCACGGCUCUGUCCUUCUCACCCGCCCCAGGUUUGUCAGGACAGACGCUUACGUGAGAGCGAUGACGGAGAAAAGGAUCGUGAUAACAGAAUUUGGCACCUACGCCUACCCAGACCCCUGCAAGAACAUCUUCUCCAGGUUUUUCUCCUACUUCAAAGGUGUGGAGGUCACUGAUAACGCCCUCGUUAACAUCUACCCCGUCGGCGAAGAUUACUACGCCUGUACCGAGACCAACUUCAUAACCAAAAUUAACCCAGAUACGUUAGAGACAAUUAAGCAGGUGGAUCUCUGUAAAUACGUGUCCGUCAACGGGGCGACAGCUCAUCCCCAUAUUGAAAACGACGGGACGGUUUAUAACAUCGGCAAUUGCUUUGGGAAGAACUUUGCGCUGGCUUAUAACAUCAUACGGAUUCCUCCGCUCCAGGCAGACAAGGAAGACCCAAUAAACAAGUCAGAGGUGGUGGUGCAGUUCCCCUGCAGCGACAGGUUUAAGCCUUCUUACGUUCACAGCUUUGGCCUGACCUCCAACUACAUCGUGUUUGUGGAGACACCGGUGAAAAUCAACCUCCUCAAGUUCCUCUCCUCCUGGAGCCUUUGGGGAGCCAACUACAUGGACUGCUUCGAGUCCAACGAGACCAUGGGGGUCUGGCUCCACGUGGCAGAGAAGAAGAGAGGCCGGCUGCUCAACCUCAAGUACCGCACCUCGGCCUUCAACCUCUUCCACCACAUUAACACCUACGAAGAGAACGGAUUUCUGAUCGUCGACCUCUGCACCUGGAAGGGGUUCGAGUUUGUUUACAAUUACCUCUACUUAGCCAACCUACGAGCAAACUGGGAUGAAGUGAAGCGCCAGGCGGAGAAGGCCCCGCAGCCCGAAGCCCGCAGAUACGUGCUGCCCCUCAACAUCGACAAGGCCGACACGGGUAAGAACUUGGUCACCCUGCCCCACACGACCGCGACAGCAACGCUGCGCAGUGACGAGACCAUCUGGCUGGAGCCAGAAGUGAUCUUCUCAGGGCCACGCCACGCUUUUGAAUUUCCACAGAUCAAUUACAAGAAACAUGGUGGGAAACCGUACACGUACACGUACGGGCUGGGGCUGAAUCACUUUGUCCCAGACAGGCUUUGCAAGCUGAAUGUUAAAACGAAGGAGACCUGGGUGUGGCAGGAGCAGGAUUCGUACCCAUCAGAGCCCAUCUUCGUUUCCCACCCGGAUGCUCUGGAGGAAGAUGAUGGGGUGGUGCUGAGCAUCGUGAUCAGCCCGGGCGCGGGGCCGAAGCCCGCCUACCUCCUGGUCCUCAACGCCAAAGACAUGAGCGAGGUGGCCAGGGCUGAAGUGGAGGUGAACAUUCCCGUGACAUUCCAUGGACUCUUCAAGAGAGCGUGACCGGUGACAUGUCACCUUAGGUUUCUUCCAGCUCCAAAAAAGGGUGCAAUCUCUGUUUACAAGCAC